AUGGCCGAAGACAUACAAAACCAGAUAGUUGAUGCAGUAAAACAAUCGCCAUUUUUUGCUAUUCAGCUAGACGAGAGUACAGACAUAGCACAAUGUUCUCAGUUAAUUGUUUAUGUUCGCUAUAUUGAAAACGAAAGAAUGAAAGACGAGCUACUCUUUUCUACAGAGUUCGAGACCACGACAAAAGCUAUUGAUGUUAUGAACGCAGUGUCAGACUUUUUUAACAAACAUGCUUGUCAAAAACUGAUCGGCGUAUGUACGGAAAGUAGAGUCAAUCUCAGAAGAAACACGCUUCAAGGAUAUUUAUGA